AUGCCUUUCUCCCUCUCUGGCUUGCUUGGCUUCGUCUCUCUCGCUGCCAAACACUCAAAUAGGUUGGAGGAGAAAACAGACACAUAAAGCGAGCAAUCCAACUUGUCGCCUUGGAUUUCCUUUUGAAUGCGAACUGGAUGUGUGGAUGCCCAGAAAGCGAGAAAGUAAGCGCACCCUUGCUCUCCACCCCCACCUUCUCUUGCCACAGGGGAAGGCACAUACACACACACCCAUACAGAUGAAAAGCAGCAGCUAGGCCGCACAUCAUUAGUUCUUGGUGGCCAAGCACCAACAAAAGGCUUGCAAACAAGAAACUCGGAGCACAGCUAAGGCUUCUGGGAACGAGGAAGGACAGCACAGUACUUCCUUGUGUUGACCACACGCCGCCCAGUGUGCGUGCAUUUUUGGAGGUCAACUUGACAGUCCGGACGCGUUUUUUGUGUGUGUUGGAGCCUUGAAGGGAAACCUAAAACCUAAUGAGCAAAUGACAUGGAAUGGCUUUACUUUGUGGGUCACGAUGGUGACGCUGAGAGGAUUACAGGAGAGUAGGAAAGCCGCACUCGCUCUCAGGAUGGAGGACGGGAUGAUCUAGCGGGAGAGGAUUUACUGCUACGGAUGUAUUAAUGCUCAAUUGGAGUCGCAUGACCACGCAUUGUUGAAAGUGAAGAACACAUUUCCACGAAAACAAGAAAAACAACCCGCCAGUAGUAAAGACAAAUCGACUUUUUGGAGUGGGGGGUGUGAAAAAAACAAAACUUAAACCACUGAGACUGUUUCCAGGUCAUAGUGCAGUGGGAGGAGACUGUUCUUGUUAUUUUUUUUUUCCUGCCAACCUCCCUCCCUCCUGUUUCCCCCCCUUCUGUCAUUAUCAUCUGCUUGCGAAACAUUUGGACGUAUUUUACGGACGUGUUUUCAAGUUUCGGGAAAGAAGAGUUUUUUUUUUUUUUUUUUUUUUUUUAAAUAUUCAUGUUACCUUGACGAAUCUCGACUGCCUGUGGCGUGGUCUUCCUCGGUGGUUCGGUAACCAAGCAAUGGCCAUGGUGAGUGGGGGCUGGGGAGAUCCCAAUGGCGGCACCAACGGGCUGGGGGAAAAGGGCUACCUUAAGCGGGAGGAUGAGGACGGCUCUCCCCAGGCGGGGGGCAGCGACAUGGAGGCCGGGGAGGACGACAAGGCCUGCGUAUUGGACUGUGUAGUGUGCGGGGACAAGUCGAGCGGGAAACAUUACGGCGUGUUUACCUGCGAGGGCUGUAAAAGCUUCUUCAAGAGAAGCGUUCGACGUAACCUCAGCUACACGUGCAGGUCUAAUAGGGAGUGUCAGAUUGAUCAGCACCACCGAAACCAAUGCCAAUACUGUCGCCUCAAAAAGUGUUUCCGAGUGGGGAUGCGCAAAGAAGCAGUUCAACGCGGCCGAAUCCCACCGCAGCCUAGUCUCAGCCCAAGCCUCACACCCAUAGGGGGCGCCAGUGGCUUGGGAGGCGGGGAAUUUUACAAUAACAACAACAAUAAUGGAGGCAGCGGCGGUCAGCCCGUGUCCGAGCUUAUCUCCCAGCUGCUGAGAGCCGAGCCAUACCCCAACAGCCGCUAUGGGCACCAGUACAACCAGCAGGCCGGUCCUGAUAAUUCCAUGGGCAUCGAUAACAUCUGUGAACUGGCCGCCCGUCUACUCUUCAGCACGGUGGAAUGGGCCAGAAACAUCCCUUAUUUUCCUGAGUUGCCAGUGUCAGAUCAGGUGGCCCUGCUAAGGCUGAGUUGGAGCGAGCUGUUCAUCCUCAAUGCGGCACAGUCAGCGUUGCCACUCCACAUGGCGCCCCUGUUGGCAGCAGCGGGCUUCCACUCGUCACCCAUGUCGGCUGAGCGCGUGGUGUCCUUCAUGGACCAAGUGAGAGUGUUCCAGGAUCAGGUGGACAAGCUGACCCGACUUCAGGUGGACUCCGCUGAGUACAGCUGUCUCAAGGCCAUCGCACUAUUCUCACCAGAUGCCUGCGGUCUGACAGACGCAGUCCACGUGGAGUCCCUGCAGGAGAAAGCUCAAGUGGCUCUGACAGAGUACGAGAGGAUGCAGUACCCAAGUCAACCUCAGCGCUUCGGCCGCUUGCUCCUUCGGCUCCCCGCUCUCCGUGCCGUACCCGCAAGCCUCAUCUCUCAACUCUUUUUCAUGCGACUGGUGGGGAAGACCCCCAUCGAGACGCUCAUCCGAGACAUGCAGCUAUCCGGAAGCUCCAUCAGUUGGCCCUACGUGCCUAUGUGAUUGGAAUUAUUUUCCAUUUGUGUUGGCCAUGAACAAUUUAGCAGUAUCAGUACUGGUGUGAUCAAGAAUGAUGGUACUGAUAGGGUUUUGUUUUUGUAAGACAUUUGAGCGGGAGCUUGAAACACUUCACGCUGCACAAGAUGAAGAAGUGACUAACUAAGGAAAUUUCACCAAAGUUCAUCCUCGGAUUCAUGCACAAAAACAGAGGCAAACUUUUAUGGACUCUCUUGACUGGCGGAACGUCAGAUGUGCUAGCGGUUGCUUUAUUUGCCAGCAGUUACAAGAGACUAAUACCUCAUUAGACAUCAGAAUGCUUUCAUCUGAUUAAAAAAAGAAGAAACUAAACAAAACUCUUUAAAAAAACAAACAAAAAAAAACUCACCAGAAACCGCCUUCGUUUUGUUAUUGGGUAUAAAUUUAACUCCUAUAAGCAUAACAAACGUUUUUUUUUUCCAGAAUACAGUGGUGCCAUGAGGUAUGAGUGACUCGACUUGCAAGUUUUUUGAAAUAGGAACUGUCAUUCGGCAAAAGUGACAUAUGAGAAGUGUAUGGCAGCAGUGAAGUCACUUCACAAUAAAAAGCACUUUGGCAAAAAUAUUAUGGCAGAAGUUCACACAAAAUAAUGACAAUUAGCCUACAUAUUGUGUAUAUAAAUGACUACAUAGCUUAGCCUUUAACUCACUGACGGCGAUAUAGGUCCAAUCUUUUGACUGAGAAGGCUGCCGGCGAUCAUUUACUGCCAGCUCUCCUUUCAGUUAAAAUGGAUUGGACGUGUAUCGUCGUCAAUGGCAGCCAAUAGGUUAAGUCCACUUGUGUAAUGCUAACACUAAUCUAAGUGCUUUAACACUUAAAGCACUGACUUGAACACUGUGUAGCAGUAAAUGUAGACAAUUUAACAGUACUCCGUCGUGUAUUCUUUAUCCUCUCUGUAGAAUGACAAACAUAACUGUACUGAUGAGCUAAGAGGAGUUGACACCUCAUUCAAGGUAUACCAGAAGAAUUUGCACAAAUUAAUGCACGAUGGCAAAAACGUAUUUUUUUCUAUUUAAUUAUUUUACUACUGUAUGUUUUUAUAACGUACAGUUAUUUCAUUCAGAUUCACUACGAAAGAUGAUAUGUGAUACGAGUGUUUUGGGUAAUGAAUGAAACUCGUAUCUCAAGGCACCACCAUGUCUGGAAAUAUGUUUGAAAAGUUGGGAUCAAGCGCUUUUCUAAAAGAAAAAUCAGUGCAACAAAUAGCUUAAUAAGCGUCAUGAAAGACUUAAAACACACUUAAGCUUAUGUCGACACUGUGUGUAAAUAUAUGGAGGCCACCUUCAUUUCCCUUUGCAUGUUCAAAUGUUCUGGAGCGCUUCUAAGUUGUUUCAUCCUUUCGUGUAAGUAAUUCCUUUCAAUAUUGAAGUAUUGCUUUCUCUGUUAGCUCCUAAAUGUGUUUCUAUGUGUUAACAUGAAAAUACCUCUCUCGAAAGACCCACAUAUUAUCGCCGAGGACUGAGUGCUGUUGUACUUUGUAAAUGAUAUGAGGAAACAUUUAAAUGGAAGAUUGAGAAUUGCACCAUGAGGAUUUUUGAAUACCAAAAUGUCAGACGUGGACUAAAGAGGCCCGAUUCCCCAACAGGACUUGCCUCAUGCUAGUAGUAUAAGAAGAGUUGUUUUAUAGAAUCACAAAUAUUUUAGAAAAAAAACAAACCAACCACGAUUUUUUGCUUCUUGCUUUGCCCCUAAACGAUGUGGACGUGUUUCUUCAAGUAACACAUCCAUGUCAUUCACCAAGGUUAGCAUUAAAGUACUAUUAAUUAUUAUUAUUUUUGAUUUUCUAAGUUCUUGCAUUCGAGUUUUACAUUUAUGGCAAGAUUAUGAAAAGAAACUGUCUUUUGUUAUGUAUGUUUUUUCAAACUUGUUGAAAAAAAGUGUUGUAAUUACAGCUGUAUGACGAAUGCCAAAUAAACACUGCUAUGUGCACCAUUAA